UGGAGACACAAGCAGGAGCAAACGCAGAGCCAAGCUGCAGGAUGGAUCUAAAAUCUCCCCACCAUGUUUUUGACGCUGCGGGUGAAGCUGUCAAGAAUCGUAACCAAUUAGAAUGCAUCUUGGACCAGCCUAGAACCAAUGGGACGCUUCCACAUCACUGCACAGGUCAGGUUCCACCCAGUCUCACUAACAGGCUGCAAGAAGCCAACAGCAGCGAGGAAUCUUUAACAGACAACUUUUCCACCAAUGACAACUCUCGACUUCUCCCCGCCCCUGACAAACAGAAAGGUGUUGUCAGCUCAGCAGAGUACCCUCCCUCUGUCUGCACGCCUCCAUCAUCCUCCUCCACCUCUCAUCCUCCACGGUUGUCCAACUGUAACACGGCCCAUAAUCCAAGAACCAAUGAAAAGCGCUUGUCGUCAACAAAAAGCCACGCCUCCUUUAAGACAGAUGCCGCCCACAUUAAGGAAGUCGCUGGAAAUGACUGCUGCGCCCAUUGCCUGCUGGCCUGCCUGUUCUGCGAGCUGAUGUCCAUGUGCUCGGCGCUGGGGGAGUGUCUGGCCUGCGCCGUGGGCGGGGCCUGUUGCUGCGAUGCCUCGGCGUGCUGCUGCUGCAUGGAGGCGGCGGGGGAAGCGGCUUGUACAGAGGAAGCCUGUCAGGCGCUGUUGGAUUGUGGUAUGUUGGAGAACUGCUGUGCUUCAUCGGACUGCCUGGAGAUCUGUUUGGAGUGCUGCUCCAUCGUCUUCCCUUCCUAGGGCAGCCAAUCAGAGAAGGGCUAAAGAAUGAUGUCACAGAGGGGGAGAUAAGGUCUCUCAUUUUGGUCGGAACAGGUCUGGUUGGUUCUAUCAUGUAAACAGAUGGAGGUUCCAAGAACAGUUCUGGUUUGAGUUCCUCUGAAGGUUCUCCGCUCCAAAGCAGCAAUUCUCAACGAUUUCUUCAGAAAUUAAAUCCGUCGAUGAGCCGGACAGAGAGAAAAAAGGAACGACAGGAAAAAGCUUCCGUCUGAACCAGAACCAGCCCGCUAACCAGCACUUAGAUCAUUAUUGUGUUAAAGGACAAGUCCGCUCAACAAGGAACAAUCAAUGGAUCAUUAUUUAUACCUAAAACUAAU